AUGCCGCCUCGUAGAGCCCCUGCCGAUCAACAAAACAUGAUGCAAGAAUUUAUCACAGCAAUGCAAGGAAUCUUUCAACAACAAGCUCAAGGUGCACAAAAUCCACAACGCAAUAACACAAGCAUAGUCGUAGAGCAGUUUCGACGUUAUAACCCACCAAGAUUUGAUGGGAGGAGCGGACCACUAGCAAUGGAGGAAUGGAUAAGAGAGCUGGAGAGAAUCUUUGAACAUAUCGAGUGCACUGAUGCCCACAAAGUCUCAUGUGCUGUUUUUCAAUUCUGCGAGGAUGCUAGCCAUUGGUGGGAUUCCUACAAGCGAUCAAUGACCGAACAAGCGCGACAAGGGUUGACAUGGAAUAGGUUCAAGGAGAUUGUGACCAAUCAAUACUUUCCACGCUCCUACCGCAAUCAAAAGGAGGCCGAAUUCUUGGAUCUCAAACAAGGAGAGCUGUCCACCACCGACUACGAAAGGAAGUUCAACCAACUGUCACGCUAUGCCACACGCCUAGUCAACACCAAUGACCAAAAGGCGGAUAGGUUCUUAAGGGGACUACGACCAGAAAUUCGAGGAAUUUUGGCGGCUCAAGGAAUUCAAGAUUAUGCUUUGGCCGUGAGGCGAGCGCAAGAAGUUGAGGCAGGAUUAGAGAUGGAUAAACCACCGCCUAAGAAUAUAGUUAGGCAUGAAAAGAGGAAAUGGGAGGAUCCAAGCGAUGGAGGAAGAGAUACGCAAAAUAAGAGGGAGAGAGUGGAGCCCAAACCUAAUGAAGCACCCCAACUAAGCUACCCCCAAUGUCCGAAAUGUAACAAACACCAUCACGGAAAAUGUUUGUAUCGAUCUGGAAUAUGUUAUUAUUGUCACGAACCGGGUCACAAUGCGACGAUGUGCCCUCAUAAAGGAAGGAAGGAACCCGAAAAGCGAGGAAAUGCACGAUUAUACCAUAUGGGAGGGCCGGACGAGGCAGAAAAACCUUGA